GUGGCUAUAGCAACUCUGCCAGAGGCAUGGCAGGGGUCUAAUCGUGGGCCCCUUGAUCCUGACUUUAGCCAGCUCCAUUGUCUAUGUCUGGUCUGCCGCUGCUCAUUGCCGAGGCCGAGCGGCUGACCUCUCUUCGGAAACCUCUGGAUGGAAGGCCAGCCGUGGUCGCUCCGAGGAUGACCGACCCUGCCGGGGCCGAGUGCAUGGUAUUGCCGAGGCGCUCUUCGCUGGUCUCUUGUCUUGGUCCCGCUAAGUGGGCCUUGACACAGUUGGGCUGGGCCGUCUUUCUGUUGGGCUGGAUACCCCCCAUUCCCGGAUAUCCAUCGGGUGUUGUGUUCAAAUGGUUUUUUUAGUUGAAAAAUCUUCAAAGUAUUAGCUUUGUUUGACUUGUCAUAAUGUAAAACAGGUUACAUAUUUGCAAGAUCAUCAUAUUCACUUGAAUAAGACGUAAGGUAAGGAAUAUUAACACCACAGCCUCUUCUUAUAAUUGGGUCUCGGACUCUGGGUUGGCCUAUGCGACCGGAGAAGUUCAAGAAACCGGCCCGUCAAGCAUCGAUUCCGGUGAGCAGCUUCCGGAACCCAUCGGUCGACCCUCAGAAUUAGCCAAACCCAUUGUGCACGAAUGAGCCAGUACGAAGAAGAAACAUUCCAGAUUCAAUUUUGGACGCAUUUUGACAAGUUUGCGCCCGUUCACCAGUCAUGGUGCAUCUAUCGAGCAACUCCGCCUAACCCAUCAGUCAACGAAAAAUACAAACUACACGCUCAGCGAAACCGCUGAGUGGUACCACGCUAGAAUUGUAGAAUAAUUCAUAGACAUAUAAAUUUACAUAUAUAUGUCCACAAAAAGUAUAAUAAUAUUCAUGAUAUGGCAUAUUAUAUCAUAUGCACAAUUUGAUGAAUCAUGAUGAUAAAUAUUUAAUGAUAAUUACAUGAUGGCACAUUUAAUCAAUUUGAUUGUUCUUGAUAAUGAUUACAUGAAGUCUAUGGAAUCAAUGUAAUUGUACUUGAUGAUGGUAACAUGAUGCAUGAUUCUAACGAGCAAGGACACCCUUGCGCUAUGAGAUUCACCCAUU